UUGUUGUUCCGUGUUUGUUUACUUUGUGUUGAAAUUUUGUGUCCGCUUUUAUUAAAUUAUAUUGCUGAUAUUAAAACCAGAUAAUUAAUUUUAAAAACGAAUACACAAAAUAUGUUUGUGUUACGUUGGCACAUAAUGUUAUUGGGACAUGAAAUUAACAAGAAACGCAAAGGUUUAACACAAUGUUCAAAGCACAACUCUACACAAAAACUCUCAAAACCUAAACUAGAAACAAUUCCCCGAUGCAAACGGCCAUCGAAAUUCACAAUAGACCCAUUUGUUGAGCUUUCAAGCUCCAAAUUUAUUGAAACCUAUGGCUUAAGAAAAGAAUCUGUAAAGAAUCUUAUAGAAGAACUUAAAGCUUACAUCCCAAAUCCACGCAGAAGCGACGGAAUUCAGAUACACACUAAGGUUCUAAUAGCUCUGUCUUUUUAUGUAUCUGGCUUAUACCAAAAGAAUUUAGGGGAGAAUGUCCUCCAUCAUACAUCACAGAAGACUGUCAGUAGAUCAGUCACUCAAGUUACGGACGCACUGAACUGCUUACAAUCAAAGCAUAUUAAAUGGCCAGACGUGGUUACAGAAAGAGAUUGUAUUAAGGCAAGGUUUAACGAAAAAUUCGGAUUACCAGGUGUUGUAGGAUGCGUAGAUAGUAUGCAUGUAGCUAUUAUUAAACCUCAUGUACAAGAAGAAAAGUAUCAUAAUAAAGAAGGAUAUCAUUCACUCAAUGUUAUGAUUAUAAGCGACGCAGAUCUUAAUAUUUUAUGUGUAGAUCCCAGCAACCCUGGCUCACUGGAUGACUCAGCAGCAUGGAACAACCAUCUCCUCUGUCCACUCAUGAACCAAAUUGUAGAAAGUGGAGAGGAGGCAUAUCUAUUAGGUGAUAGUGAAUAUCAACUAAGUAAAGUGUUACUGACUCCAGUGGCAAAUUGUACAGAAGGCUCAUCUGAGCAUCAUUACAACUUGAAGCACAUGACCGCACACAACUCUGUGAAGACUUGUAUUAAUAUAUUGAAAGCACGCUUUAGGUGCUUACUCUCCGGGCAUCCCUUGCAUUACGACCCAGUGGCCGCUGGUAAGAUAGUGACUGCAUGCUGCAUACUACACAAUAUCGCGGUGGCUACAGACACGCCGCUGCCAGAUCAGUCAUUAAACGAUCUCAAGAGUGAUAUUCUAUUGCAACAGAUGGAAGAAACUUUAAUUAAACCAGAUAUCUCCUGGAAAGAAAUUGUGGGACGCGAUAGUAUGGACCAAGAUUUCCUUGAAAACCAAUCACAAGAUAGCUCAGACCAAAGAUAUGAUGUACAGCCGCAACAGGCAAGACAUCGAUUGUGGGAGAAUAGUGAAUAAUAAAAUAACUUGUAAGUA